ACUUCGACUCGCUAAACGCCUACGAUAAAUUUGUUGCUGGCCGUGCUCUCGAGCGUUUGUUUCAUCACAUGUGUCAAAUAUUUCCCCGAAAGCAGGUAUAUAAUCAAAAGCCGUGCUAGCCGUCCCCACUGGCGUGACCUUUUUGGCUCAUCAACUUGGUGCAAGCGCCUGCCGCUAUGUCACACAUUCUUCAUCGAACAUUGAUGACUCGUGUUAUACUUGUCCGGGAGAUGUGCUUAUCAUCUAUCUGUUAUCUGUCAUUCAGGGUGACCGCUCCCGUAUUUAUAACCUAGUCGUAUUUGCCGUUCGACGUAUUACUUGGACCCACAUUCUCAUCCAAGACAAAAAAGGAUGCCGCCACACAAGGUUGAUUUCAAAACUCCGGUCAAAGAGAUCCCAGAGGCGGAACUCAAGAGAACUCAGAAUUUUCCUCAUCACACUGGUGGCUUUGGCGACGUCUGGAAAUGCAACUGGUCCACUUCUUCUAGGAAUCCCCAAGUCACAGUUGCAAUUAAGGUAGUGAGGGUCCCUGACUCUAAUCAAACGGCACUGUUGGAAAAGAUUGCACGGAGUAUACGGCGCGAGGCCUACGUCUGGGCCAAAUUGAAAGACGAUCAUGUUCUCUCGCUUCACGGAAUCACGAUGGGUUUCGGAGUCUUACCAUCGUUUGUUUCAUCAUGGAUGACAAAAGGAUCUCUCGAUAGCUACCUGAAACAGCAACCCACUCUUUCGAUAUCGCGGAAGCUAGACAUGUCUCGCCAGAUAUCAUCUGGUCUCAAGUAUUUGCAUGAAAAGGGCAUUGUCCAUGGCGACUUAACACCGACCAAUAUACUCAUCAAUAGCAACGACAAGCUUUGCCUCGCGGACUUCGGUCUUUCCAUGAUCCUCGCAGAAUCGGGCAAUGCCACAUUCAACUCCUACCACGCGGGUAACGUGUGGUGGAUGGCCCCAGAACUGAUUACUCCAUCCGAAGGAGGGGAACCGACAAAGCCUACAACAUCUACAGAUGUGUAUUCGUAUGGUUGUAUCAUGCUUCAGCUACUUUGUGGGCAACAACCGUUCUUCCCGCUGAUGGAUGCACUUCGCGUGGUGGCGGCAAUAUUGAGUGGCAGACAGCCCUUCCGCCAACUCACUGGCGUUGACGAAGGCCAUAAGCAGUAUUGGCUAAAAUGUCUGUCCACCAAUUUCAAUGCUCGACCUAAAGUCCAGGAGAUCGUAGCGUUCAUAGAAGCCGAGCUGCAGAAGCUUCGAUGACGAGUCAUUCUAAUCAAUGCUUUCCAUACAGCUCCUAUGGAUACUUUGUCUGUGUCAAUUCACGACGUAACGACUAUGCUCAUUACCCCUUCAGUCACCUUUGUACUUAUGAUACUGAUUUAAAGCCUGUGUUAGGAGCGUAUCGAAUAUCAUCUUCCUAAUCACGCGCGCCUGCCAAGUGUGACCUUCGUGUAAGGUGGUAGUAGAAGUUAGCCCUGUUCGCUCGUCAACAUAUGGUAGACUUGAUG